AUGGAGGUGGGAGACACGGACGUGGAAAUGGCCGUGGAUGACCAGCCAGGUCCGAGGCGCCUAGGAAGACGAGAGGGACUUCGCAGCGCCAGCAGAUGCGACAAGGAAGUUGCGGAGACUCCAAAAUAUAAACUGAGGUCGGGUACGCCCAGUAAUAAGAGGAGGAAUGAGUCUUCCUCUGAAGAUGAUUAUGGUUCCUCUGAGCAGAAUGACAGAUGGGAAAUUCCAAGAAAAUCUGACGGGGAUAAAGCCUUUCAAGCUCAAAGGAAGAUCUUUGAGGAGAAGAAGAGGGAGGAGGCUUUACUGAAGGGCCUGGAAGAUCCGAGGAAGGAAUUCCAGGAUUGCUCCAGUAACCGUAAACACCGAGCAGAAUUGCAACGUGUUACGGAGCACAUGGAGGAGGUCCUUUUCAGGGAUAUUACUGCCUCGGAGUUGGAGGCAGCAACAAAGGUACUGGGCUUUUCGCUUCGCUCGAAGAACCUGAAUGGCAUCCACGUCAAGGUGCUUCGGGACGCCUCGACAGCCAUUGCAGCAGGUGCCACUUUGAUGGCACAGCGCAUGGCCUCAAGUGAAUGUGGGGAGAACCACGACAUCCUGGAAGAGCUGAGAGCAGAGAACAUGCAGCUCCGCACCAUGCAGGGUGAAAUGACAAAAAGGAUGGAGGAAAUGGAGAAGGCACUCAGGAGUAUAAAGGAGGCAUCUCCUUCAAAGGAGAUAUCCCCCUCGCCUCCGGUGCAAGAAAAGAAUGUGCGGAGUUCAAGGGUGGCACCGCCAUCAAUGGUAGUACCCUCCUCGCCUCCAUCACAGGGCAACAAGCAACGCGGUAUAAAGGGGGCAUCGUCGUCAACGGCGAUAGCUCCCUCGCCCGCAGUGCCAGUCAGGGAAAAGGAAAGGACAAUGGGGUACAGGAACAGGUGCAUCAUGCCCCCGUCGGCGGACCUAGAGGAGGAGGAAAUGAGUCCGGUGGGAUGGAUAGACGAACUGCAGAAAGGACAAAUCAAACAAGGUAAAACCCAUCCUGUACAGUAUAGGAAAGAAGUGUCCAGGAAAGGUAACAAACCUGGCCCGACGGUAAGGGAAAUUGUCUCGUUAGACGUCAAGGUCAGGCUUGAUAAAAUAGCCAUGCGAGGGCAAACUAAGGAAGAAACUAUGGAGGAUAAAAUAACCUCCAUGGUUCAUAAGGCAAUGGAGACAUGGGCAUCGCAGAAGGAUAAAGCGCACCCGAUAUCCAACAAUGAUGCUCAAGAGGAAAACAGUCAGAGAAAGACAAGGAAGGGAAAGAAGAGGACAGCAAGAAAAAAAAAUAGAAACGGGAGGUCAGGAAACUUGGGCUCAGGUUGCGAGACGCAACAAAAAGCCCAAGGAGAAAAGAAAGAGGAGGAUAGAAAAAAGGGAAUUGAAUCCGGGAAGGAAAUGGGAACGACUGGGACGGACAACAAGAAACCCAGGAAGCCCAGACGCAAGGUCCCAAGUACGGCGGCAGUGUCAAUCACCACCGAAGAUGGCAAAUAUAAGGAGGUCUUGGCUGAAGUCAAAAAGAAAAUAAAUAUUGACAACAUGGGGAUCACGAAGAUUAAGACGAGGCAGGGUGCCAUGGGGGCCCUGAUAUUAGAAAUCCCCGGAGAAGAUAAGGACACCAAAGCUGAUCUCCUUGCCGCGAAAUUGAGGAAAGUUUUGGAAGGUAAGGCGAGGGUGAAUCGCCCCCGGAAGCUCGGGGAGAUUAGACUCCGAGGUUUCGAAGUCUCCACCACUGAGGAAGAGGUAGCGGAUUGCAUCGCCAAGGAAGGAGGAUGCUCAACUGCGGAGGCUGAGCUCCAAACGGGAAGGAUUAGGACCACUGCGGCUGGAUUUAGAUCCUUGUGGGCAAGAUGCCCCCUUAUGGUGGCGAAAAAAGUCGCUGAGGAGGAGCAGAUACCUGUAGGAUGGACCAGGAUGGGUUGGGGACCAAUUGGGGGCUCCGUCGCCAUAGUAUGGAAGGCAAAUGAGAAGUCGCCUCCCGCUGACAUAUUGGAAAGUGGGAGACACUUUGUCGUGAUCAGGUGGGGGACCCUGAUUGUGGUCGGGGUCUACCUCCCCCCAGCAAAGAGCCUGGGCCUACCUAGUUAUGGGUUGGCUUGA